AUGACUCUUCCAAACUCCAGCCUGAGCCACUCAGAUAUCAUCCAAAGAUGUCACCAUCCAGACCGGCAGAUCAUCGGUGGAUUGACGUAUGGAGAUCUCGUGAUAAAAUUAUCAGAAGAAUUAGUCGUCAAGUUCGGCCCCGGCGUAUCAGUUGCGGAGGCAGAUAACCAGAGAGCAGCAUUCUCGCUCCUGGAUAACAGCAUCGUGCGCGUUCCACGCGUUGUUGACUUCUUCACCAGCACCGACAGGGGCUACACCAAAGGAUAUCUCGUCAUGGAGUACAUUCAUGGGGAUAUCACAGACUCGGUGUCUGUGACUAGCAAACAGAUUGAUCAGCUUGUGAAGAUUCUUACAUACUUCUCGACUGUGCAAUGCCAGCGCCCUGGGCCGCUGCUAAAACCAGGUGUAUCGUUCGGGUUGCUUUGGGAGGAGAAUGGAAAGCCGAUAUUUGAGAGUGUGCAAGAGAUGGAGCGGUGGUUGAAUUUCAGGCUGAAAGGCGAUGAAUCUAAGCUCGAACUGGGACGGUUUCCCUUGGUCUUGUGCCACUUGGAUCUUGCUCUUCGGAACAUUGUCUGGAUGAAGGAUGACACUGUGUGUCUCUUAGACUGGGCCUCAGCUGGGUUUUAUCCGCGAUUCUUCGAAAUCAGCCUUUUGUUUAUGGCGGGUCCGGAGGGCUACGAGACGACUUUGAUAGAUCGGAUGGAGAAGUUGACGGAUGUUGAGGAGGCUCAGAUGGCCCUUCUAGAGUGUUCGUAUUACAAUGGUAUAAGAUACUACGUCCCUGAGUGUCGUGAGUUCUCAAAGCGAUCAGACUAG